GUGACAGUUACAGGUGUUUAUUAUUUAUAUACCAUUACAUACGUAUUCAAUUUUAAUAAAAGUUACUAAAAUGAAAUUAAUUAUGUAUUCAUGAAUGAAGUUUGAAUAAAACGAAGUAGUAAACCAUUAAUUAAGAAAAUGGAUACAUAUAAAGAAGACAAAAAACUAACGACGAGAAAGAAAAAUAAGGAGGUCAGCGAACUUGUAAGAAACAGUUAUUCACAAAAAUCUCUUAUUAGAGAAGAUGAAGAAAGACAAAGUGAUGUUACAGAAGUUGAAGCAAAAUCUGAUUUAAAUUUAUCAGAAAAUAUAACACAGUCACCACCAACACCAGGAUUGUAUUUACGUUUGGAAAUUAAUCUGGUGUUCCUUGGUUUAUUAGUACUGGCUCUGUGUACAAGACUACCUCACCUUGAUGAACCUCACUAUAUUGUGUUUGAUGAAUUACACUAUGGCCGUUAUGUGUCUUUAUACACAAAAGGAGUUUUCUUUUUUGAUGCCCACCCGCCUCUUGGAAAGCAGCUAUUAUACUUAGCUGGCCGUGUUGCUGGUUAUGAUGGAAAUUUCACUUUUGACCGAAUUGGUACACCAUAUACAGAAAAUGUGCCAGUUACAGCACUACGGUUAAUACCUGCACUAUCAGGCAGUAUGCUAGUAGCAGUUAUUUAUCAAUUGAUGUUGGAAAUAUCCGUUUAUCAUUGGACUGCUGUUCUGGCUGGGCUUCUUGUUUUAUUUGAAAAUUGUUUUUUGGCGCAGUCUAGGUUCAUGUUACUAGAAAGUAUUCAAAUACUGUUUGGCUUGUGUGGAGUUUUGUGUGCUAUUAGAAGUACUCGUCGGACGGGUUUUGCGAGUGUUGUCUGGCUUUGCUUUGCUGCAUUCUCACUUGGCUGUUGCUUUUCUGUGAAAUAUUCAGGCCUAUACUCGUAUUUCCUAGUAGUCUUUUUAGUGGGAAGACAGAUUUGGCAACGUGUUGGUCAGCGAGGAUCUGGUCUUCGUCUCGCUUUGUCAGCAUUAUGGCGGCUAUCGAUUCUAAUAAUAAUUCCGUUGUCCGUAUAUGUUGGCGUAUUUUAUGCUCACUUGACGAUGUUGCCAAAAGCUGGUCCUCACGACAGUGUCAUGACAAGCGCAUUCCAAGCGUCUCUACAGGGUGGACUAGCAAGUAUAACUCGAGGUCAGCCUCUACAUGUUGCGCAUGGCUCUCAAAUAACUCUAAGACACACACACGGUCGCACCUGCUGGCUACACUCCCACGCUCACGUGUACCCCGUCAGGUAUACGGACGGACGUGGCUCCUCUCACCAGCAACAAGUCACUUGUUAUAGUUUCAAAGACGUUAACAACUGGUGGAUAGUCAAGCGUCCAGACCAGGCGUCUUUGACUGUCUCGCGACCCCCUGACGCUAUACGUCACGGUGAUGUUGUACAGCUUCUCCAUGGCAUUACUAGCCGUGCUUUGAACUCGCAUGAUGUCGCAGCACCCGUGUCGCCACAAUCACAGGAAGUUUCAUGCUACAUCGAUUACAACGUAUCGAUGCCAGCACAGAACCUCUGGCGAGUAGAUAUUGUGAACCGUGACAGUGAAGACGCAACAUGGGAUAGCAUCCGCUCCUUAGUUCGGUUGAUACACGUUGAUUCUGGCUCUGCGCUUAGGUUCAGUGGACGACAAUUACCAUCGUGGGGUUUCCAUCAGCAUGAAGUAGUCGCUGAUAAAGUUCUCACUCACCAAGAUACCAUAUGGAAUGUUGAAGAACAUCGCUAUACCAAAGCUGAAGACAGAAAGGAACGGGAACGUGAACUUGUAUCUGCAGAAAUGAUACCGACUGCUGUGACACAGUUGACGUUUUGGGAGAAGUUUGCAGAGUUGCAGUAUAAAAUGAUAGCGCACGCGCCCGAUGCUCCUCAUGGCCAUAUGUUCGCUAGUGAUCCUACUGAAUGGCCUCUUCUCGUUCGGUCCAUCGCAUAUUGGUUGUCACCUAACUCGAAUGCUCAGGUGCAUUUAAUCGGAAAUCUCAUAACUUGGUAUACUGGAACGCUAUGUGUUUUCGUGUACAGCGCCUUUCUCGCCUUGUAUGCCAUUCGUCAACGCCGUGCGUGCGCAGACUUACCUCCAUGGGCAUUGCAGAAAUUUUACGAUGGCGGCUGCAUUCUCUUCUUAGGUUACUGGAUCCACUACUUACCUUAUUUCUUUAUGGAUCGGACUCUAUUUCUUCACCACUAUCUACCCGCAUAUACUUUCAAAAUUUUACUUUUAUCAUUUGUCAUAGACCACAUAUAUUAUAUUCUACAGUCACAAGAAAAAACUCGUCCGCUGACAAAUAUAUUUAUUUUAUGUAUUGCAGCAUGGUUAGCUUAUAUAAUUAUUACUUUUAAGAAAUUUAGUGUCCUUAACUACGGGAAUAUUAAUUUGACUGAAAAUGACCUUUUGAAUCUCAGAUGGAAAGAUACUUGGGAUUUUAUAAUCCAUAAAAAGGGCUGAAAAUAUUUUCGAAAAUGAUUCUUAUAUAUGCGCUGCCAUUUCUAAAAUCUUGUCACUUUACCUUGAUGAAUGAUUUAAUAUAAUUAGGAUAAGAAAUAUAUAAUAAAUACUUAACAACAUGUUGUAAUAGUUGGUUGUGGUCACCACAGGACCAAUACUCUAAGCUGUAUUUUUAAGAACUAAUAGACUGAGUGGAAUAUAAUACUCUAUGACAUAAAAUGUAUUACUACUAAGUUAAGCUACAAGUCAAUCCGUCCAUAAUACUACUAUAUUUUGUAAGAUGAAAAAUAAAUUAUUUUUAUGCUAAACAGAUUUUUCAUUCAAAUGAGAACUAAAGUUAGAAAAAUUACAUUUAUUUUGUAAACAAUUUUAAUGCAAUACAAUAUGAGGAUAAUGUAGUUAACGGCGGCUGUGGGUAGGUUCUACUUCCAUAGGCUGGGGGCUAGAGACAUUCACAGAUGUAACCUCCAGAGGAAUGACACGCUGUUUCAGCACAGCUGUAGUACCUGGGGCAUAUCUGUAGGAUCCUUGUUUCUUGCCCUGUAAAGAAAAUAGCACAUUAGUUGU